CAAGAACAGAGGCAGCCCAGCACAGAACAGAGAGACGGAGAGUCAGAGAUAGAGAGAGAGAGAGAGAGAGGAAGAGACCCAACCCAACUUCAAUUUCUUCACAUUGUUGCCUCCAAAAUCUGCAGUUAUAUAAAAAGCAUAGCAAUGCAGCAGAUCUGAUCCCAUUGAGCUUUUCAUCCCCCAGCAUUCGCCUCAAAGCUCCCACCUUUGGAAGCAACAAGGCCAUUGGAGAAGAUGAGAGGCUGCACUCUUCUUCUUCACUCUCUCAUCUUCAAUGGGCUGCUCCUCCUCUUCCUGCAGCUCCAGGGCGCCAAUGGAGAUAACCCUUACAGGUUCUUCACUUGGAAGGUCACUUAUGGCGACAUUUACCCACUUGGAGUUAAGCAACAGGGUAUUCUGAUCAACGGGCAGUUCCCGGGGCCGCACAUCGACGCCAUCACCAAUGACAACUUGGUUAUCAGCGUCUACAACUACUUGAGGGAGCCGUUCCUCCUUUCUUGGAACGGGAUACAGCAGAGAAGGAACUCGUGGCAAGACGGAGUGUACGGGACGAAUUGCCCAAUCCCGCCACGGAAGAACUUCACGUACAUCCUCCAAGUGAAGGAUCAGAUUGGGAGCUACUUCUACUUCCCGUCUCUCGGGUUCCACAAGGCUGCUGGUGCAUUCGGCAGCAUCAGGAUAUGGAGCCGCCCGCGGAUCCCUGUCCCUUUCCCUCCUCCUGCUGGGGAUUUCAUGGUUCUCACUGGAGACUGGUUCAAAAGAAACCACUAUGACUUAAAACGCAUAUCAGAUGGUGGCCAUAAACUUCCUCUUCCUGAUGGGCUUCUGAUCAAUGGUCGGGGUUGGAACGGAUACACUUUCACAGUAGAUCCAGGAAAGACGUACAGGUUCAGAAUAUCGAAUGUGGGGCUAACCACAUCAAUCAAUUUCCGUAUCCAAGGCCACAAGAUGAAGCUGGUCGAGGUAGAGGGAUCCCACACUAUCCAAAACACGUAUGACGCCCUCGACAUCCACCUUGGACAGUCCUAUUCCGUCCUGGUCACAGCUGACCAACUGCCUCAGGGUUACUAUGUUGUCGUGUCCUCACGUUUCACUUCUCCGGUGCUCACGACCACAGCCGUUCUCCACUACAGCAAUUCCAGGAGAGGAGUCUCUGGCCCUGUCCCCCGUGGACCUACAACCCAGAUCAAUUGGUCCCUCAACCAGGCCCGAUCUAUCCGGCGGAACUUGACAGCAAGCGGUCCCCGUCCAAAUCCUCAAGGAUCUUAUCACUAUGGACUCAUUAAACCAAGCCGAACCAUCACGCUGGCAAACUCUGCCCCCAUUAUCAACAGGAAGCAGAGGUAUGCUGUCAACAGCGUCUCGUUCAUUCCAGCAGAUACACCAUUGAAGCUCGCAGACUACUUCAAUAUCCCUGGAGUCUUUAACCUGGGAAGCAUCCCUACAAGUCCCACUUGGGGGAACGCCUACUACCAGACCUCUGUCAUGGCAGCGAACUUCCGGGAGUUCAUCGAGAUUGUGUUCCAGAACUGGGAGGACACAGUGCAGUCGUGGCACAUGGAUGGAUAUUCCUUCUUCGUUGUCGGUAUGGAUGGAGGUCAGUGGACGCAGGCGAGUAGGUCGCGAUACAACUUGAGAGACACGGUCGCACGUUCUACAGUUCAGGUGUACCCGAAGGCGUGGACCGUGAUCUAUGUGGCCCUGGACAAUGUGGGAAUGUGGAACAUCAGAUCGGAGAAUUGGGCGAGGCAGUAUUUGGGCCAGCAGUUCUACCUCAGGGUCUACACCCCUUCCAAGUCUCUCAGGGACGAGGCGGCGAUCCCGAAGAACGCUCUUCUAUGUGGGCGAGCCCGGGGCCGUCACACAAGGCCUUAACUCCGAGCCAGGAUCAGUUUUUCUUUGACAGAUCGUCACGAGAGGGUGGCGACGCGAUUCUGUAUGUUUGUUCAGAGGAUGCACGGGAGAUUUUCAUUAACCAGGAGAUGAAAUCAGAUUGAGCUCUUUCGAUUGAGAGACUUCAGCCUUGUAUGGAAUUUAUUCAUUUAAUGCUUCGUUUUCCUCCUCGUAAAUUUUAACUCGAUAAUUGCCUCGAAAAUCAUACCACAAUUGAUCACGCCCAGUCGUACAUUGGAUCAC